AUGCUCUCUGUGCACCGAGCCCAGAUAGCUAAUCCGUACUGUCUCGACUUGUUGCUCGUUCUGACCAUUCUUAAUCUUCUCGCAGAGGCUUCACCGAACAACCGGGCUGGUUGCCAGAACAAGGAAUGCAAGGACCAGAAAAUCAAGAUUACCAAAGGUGAAAUUCGUGUCGGCACAUGGGUCGAAAAUGAAAGAUUCCAAAGCUGGCAGUGGCGCCACUGGGGCUGUACGACUCCGCUCAUCCUCUCUAAUAUCAUGAAGAAUGUCUUCGAGAAGGAAGAAUUGGAAGGUGAUGAGGAUUUCGACCUCAUUGAUGGCUGGGAGGACUUGCCUGAGGUCCACCAGGAGGCUGUUCGCAAGGCCCUCGCUGAAGGUCACGUUCCAGAUGAAGAUUGGAAGGGUGAUGUUGAGUGCAAUCGCCCAGGCAUGCGAGGCUUCCGCCUUUCUAAGAAGAAGGCAGCAGCUAAGAAAGACGCGGAAGAAGAAGAUGACUCAAAGUCUGAAAACGCCGUCGAUGAUGAGACCAGCACAAAGAAGGCGCAACCUGCGAAGGCGACCAAGAGUACUCCCCGUGCCAAGGCUAAGAAGGCUACCGAUGAGGAAGACGAAGUCAAGGAACCCCAAGAGACCAAGCGAGCUACCCGUGGCAAAAAGCCAGUGAAAAAACCAGUGGUCGAGGAGUCAGCCGAUGAGGAGGCCCCGGCAACCCCGGCUGAGACGAAGGAAAAGGCCAAACGAGCCGCUCGUGGCAAAGCCGCCGCCAAAGCAGCUAUCGAGCAGUCUGAAGCCGAGGCUGAGGCUGAGGCUGAAGAAGUAAAGCCAGCCAAAGGUCGAGGUCGCCCUGCAAAGUCGGCCACGACCACGAAGGAGGCCUCUAAGCCGGCUGCAACCAAUGGUAGAAAGCGCAAGGCCACAGACGAGGAUCCAGAAUCCGGCAAGAAGGCUGAAAAGCCCAAACGCGGUCGCAAGGCUGUUGCUGCUGCCAAAGAGGAAAUCGAGGAGCGUGAACCAGCGUCCGAUGAAGCACCCGAUGGACAGACUGAGCCUGACCAGACUUCCUCGGCGCAAGAGAUGCCAGAGGAGAGCACUUCCGAGGACGUGGUUCCUCAGAAGACAAGACGCCGCAGUGGGAGAGUCACCAAGGCUUAA